AUGCCUUUGGAUGAUUUUCUCAGUGAUAUGGACACCCGGACUGAUAAUACCUUGCCCAUUGAGAAUGUGGGGCUUGCCGGCUACGUGCAACAAACCAGGGACACAAUAUUUGCCUUACAGGGUUAUUUCAGCGGUACCAUACCUGAUGCAUCAUCUAUCACUAAUGCAUCUCCACCCAUCACUGACGCAUCACUUACCACUAAUGCAUCUCCAUGCAUCGCUGAUGCAUCAGCUCCGCUUGGAAACGUCUAUGAAACCCCGUCUGAUCCUCUCUUAAAUGCCAAUCCUUCCGCUUUCGAUCCAUAUCCUCUGACCACCAAUCUUGACUUAAUGUGUCCCUUCAAGGAUUUGGACUUUACAUUCUCUACAGCUGAACCUUCAACUCGGAGUGUCGAUGUGUCUAUUGACACUUUUCCUGACCUUGCACAGUCCGUACAUUUCGGUACAGACUCAAUUAUGCGACUACCGAAUCCACGAUUUCACGUCCCCAUUGAUGAGUCUAUUAACACUUCUCCCGACCUUGCACACUCCGACAUGGCAGUGCCCCUCAUCAACACUUCUCCCGACCUUGCACACUCCGACACGGAAAUGCCCCUCACCAAUGGUGAGACUGCUGCCAGCGACCAAGACGAAAGUGUUGUACCUCCGGCUCGAGCUCAUCGGAAGUCUUGCCCAGUUGGCGGUCAGCAAAGUCGGACAAAGGACGCUGCUGCACCUGAGGGGUUACGUCUUCGUCGGAAUCGUGUUGCAUUCAAUCCAUGA